GGCCGCGGCGCUGCCCGUCGUUGCCGCCCUCGUUGCCGCCCGCUCCCGCUCCGCUCCGCGGGCGCCGCCGCCGCCACCAUGAUGAUGAUGGCGCUGAGCAAAACCUUCGGGCAGAAGCCCGUCAAGUUCCAGCUGGAGGAGGACGGCGAGUUCUACAUGAUCGGCUCCGAGGUGGGGAAUUAUCUGCGUAUGUUCCGGGGUUCCCUGUACAAGAGGUACCCGUCGCUGUGGAGGCGACUCGCCACAGUGGAGGAGAGGAAGAAGAUAGUGGCAUCUUCCCAUGAAAAUCAGCGAUCUCACAGUCCCAGGAGAUAUCAUGGCUAUACCACGUUAGCCACUAGUGUGACACUGCUAAAAGCCUCUGAAGUGGAAGAGAUCUUGGAUGGCAAUGAUGAGAAGUAUAAAGCAGUGUCUAUCAGCACAGAACCUCCCACCUACCUCAGGGAACAGAAGGCAAAGAGGAACAACCAGUGGGUGCCUACCCUGCCCAACAGCUCUCAUCACCUGGAUGCGGUGCCGUGUUCAACGACCAUCAACAGGAAUCGCAUGGGCAGGGACAAGAAGAGGACUUUCCCGCUCUGCUUUGAUGACCACGACCCAGCAGUGAUCCAUGAGAAUGCGUCACAGCCGGAGGUUCUGGUUCCAAUCAGGCUGGAUAUGGAAAUUGAUGGGCAGAAGCUCAGAGAUGCAUUUACAUGGAACAUGAAUGAAAAGCUAAUGACCCCGGAAAUGUUUUCUGAGAUUCUUUGUGAUGACCUGGAUUUGAAUCCUCUGACCUUUGUCCCUGCUAUUGCCUCCGCCAUCCGACAGCAGAUAGAGUCAUACCCAACGGACAGUAUUCUAGAAGACCAGUCAGAUCAACGAGUUAUUAUUAAGCUAAACAUCCACGUAGGGAACAUCUCCCUUGUAGACCAGUUUGAAUGGGACAUGUCAGAGAAGGAGAAUUCACCAGAAAAGUUUGCCUUGAAGCUGUGCUCCGAGCUUGGCCUGGGUGGCGAGUUUGUCACCACUAUAGCCUACAGUAUCCGCGGACAGCUGAGUUGGCAUCAGAAGACCUACGCCUUCAGUGAGAACCCCUUGCCGACUGUGGAAAUCGCCAUCCGCAACACAGGGGACGCUGACCAGUGGUGCCCUCUUCUGGAAACCCUCACAGAUGCCGAGAUGGAGAAGAAGAUCAGAGACCAGGACAGAAAUACAAGGCGCAUGAGACGUUUGGCCAAUACUGCUCCGGCCUGGUAACCCUCCUGUUGUGACACUGGUGCUCUUCCUACAGACUCUAUCUCCACUCCUCUCCCCCAAUGGAUCUAGGAUUGGCAGGAGUCUCUCUGUCCCCAAGAGGAGGGACACAUUCCACUUGUCAGGCAGUUCCCAGUACUACUGCCUUCUGCCCCCAUCCCCUCCAUCUAAAUGCCACGUACCAGGAAUGCUGCGUUAGCUCAGGAUCUGUCUGAGACCUGUGGCAGCUGUUGGAGCCCUAACAUACCUGUGUGUGGACAGUGUAAAGAUUCUUUUGUAUAGGUGCAACAGGCACUGUUAGGAUAACUUUUUAAAUAAAAGGAAUGUAUACUAC